UACAGUACGACAAUACGUGGAACUCAUCAAGAUGAAUAACCUGCCAGUAAUUCAACGGUUGGGUCAAGUAAUUGAGCCAGCACUUAAUGGUGGUAGGCUAUAUUCGUAUGAAGUAGAAAACCUAACACAGCCGGGUGAUAAUUACGGCAGUGUUUUAAUAUCCGUACGAGCCCAAGUGCAGUGUCCUGACGGUAAGCUGUUUGCUAAGCGGCUUGUAGCUAAAGUGCCGCCCACAGACCCAAAACAUUGGCAAUUUAUACAGCCCGAACGCACCUGUUUGGCAGAAAUUGCAAUUUACGAGAGAUUAGCACCAGCGCUGAGCACUUUACAAGUGGAGGCUGGCAUACACAGAGACGCACAGUUUGAUGGCUUUGCACAGUAUUUUGGCUCACGCAUAUCCCUGAUCCCAAACGCAAACAUUGUGGACAAGGACGCGAUUUUGGUGUUGGAGGAUCUGCGGGACAGCAAUUACGUGCCGGGCCAGAGGUUAAAGCCUUUUGACUUGCUCCAUACACAUGUGGUGCUAAAGUAUAUGGCGCAAUUCCAUGCACUUACUAUUGCUCUGCGAUUGAAGAAACCGAAUGUCUUUGAAAUGGAACUAAGACCGUUUUUUCACAAAUUCGAUUGGCAUGCAGCCGCGCCGGAAUCGAAAGCAACGAUGAUAGCGGAAACAUUGGUGGAUAUUGCAGAAGCAACCGGCAACGAUCAGACAAUGAUAGCGCAUGUUAAAAAACUCUCAACGGAAUUCUUUAGGUUUAUAGCAGCGCCGCCUAUCGAAGAUAAUGCAUUUAACAGUGUAAUUCACUCCGACUUCUGGACAAUGAACCUUAUGUUCAAAUAUGAUAAAUCUGGCAAGCCGACGCAAUUAAAAAUAAUCGACUUUCAAACCGCACAGUAUGAUUCUGUCAUACACGAUCUUAUAUCAUUUUUGUUUACAAGCGUUUCAACGUGCAUACUAGAAGAAAACUACCGGAAUUUACUGAAAUUCUACUAUGAUGUCUUUGUUGAGAAUCUAACUAGAGUGGGUGUAAAUACAAGUGUGUAUAGUUACGAGGCGUUUGAUGCUGAGUUAAAACGCAUCGCAUACAUUCAAGUGCCCCAUUCUAUAUUCAUGACUCGUUUCAUAUUGGCGGAUGAAGUCACUCGCACUGAAAAUGAGCUCGAACUAUCUCAGGUGCUAAAGACCACUAGUUCGAGGCGGGUGCAUCGGAAGCUAAUUGAAAUUUUGCGCUUGGCACAAAAAUUUAAUAUAUUAUUUUUGGAGUAAUUGCUUUGUUUUCAACCGAAAUGAUCAUUUUCCCCUAAUGAUGUCUGAU